AAAUCCAUAUUCUCUCUGGUGACAAGUAGUCCUCCUCUAUGAUUGUAGCGGAGGGAUACAUUUAGGCAAAACAAGUCCCGGCGAGGUCCGGGAGGCGUCACGUGUGUUUGCACGUGUUUCAUUAACCCGGAAGCAGAUGGUCCGACUGGGUGUGUUGAUGUCAAAACGUGUGUUUAUUUAUUUUAUUGUUGUUUUUCGUUGGUCCCUCUUUCGCCGGCGUUGUAAAGUAUGGACAAAGACAAGAGCAGCGACAAUCACGCCCAGUGCUCCUGGAUGGAGAUGCACCAGUACAUCAGCGACCUCCUCUCGUCCGGAAGCCAGUCCAAAAACUCGCCGGACGUGAGAAACGCAGCAUGGGGGGCGACAGCUGUUGCUGCCGGGGCUCCCUUCGGAUUCAAAGCGUCCUCGCUGCAGCCCCUGCAGCCGGUCCAGGAGAGGAGAGAGGCGGCCCCGGGCAGGCCGGUCCACGCCGGGGCAACACACCGGAGGGGAGAGGCCAGAGACGGGGCAGAAGGUUUGGAUGAGCAUCAUGGCUGCACCUGCCCCGGAUGUCCUUUCUUUAGCUCCUCAUCCUCCUUUGAAACUUUAACACCCCGACAGUCGCUGUCCUCAUCUCUAUUGGCUCAAGCUUCAUGCCAGCCCAAAGACCUGAGCAUGAACCUGUGCUCUCCGGACACCACCGGCGCCGCGUCGGAGCAGGAGUCCAGGCCGUCCGACCGACCACAGACCAACAACGCGGACAGAGGGACCCAGAACCAAAACCUCGACACUCCCUUAAGAGCCUCAGCAGGCUCUUUGGCUCAUCUCUCCAUGAUUCCCUGCUUCUGUUGCCACCGAGGAGUACAAACCGGUGCUCACCUCAUGAACAGUCAGGACAGCGCAGACUCCCCCUUUUCCCACACCCACGCCCACCAUCACUUCCAUCACCACCACUGCCCCAUAUCGUCGUGCGUUCCCUGCCCUCAGCUGGCCCACUCUGCACAGCUGUCUGCCGUCAUUCCCUGCCUGUCCUGCCGAUGCUCGCUCCCCACCUGUCCUCAGGUCUGCCGCCAUCAGCACAGAGAAGCCCAGCAGCAGCAAGAGGAACGAGGAAGACCCCUUCUGUCUCUGCAUCCCUGCAUGCACUGCCCCGCCUCUUUUUCCAGACCGUCUCAGCUGCUGCAGCACCAGCGCUCCGAGCACGCCCAUAAGCAGUCAGGCUUCCUCUGCACGGAGUGCGGCCGAGCCUUCAACUCGCACAGCAACCUCCGUAUUCACCUGAACGUGCACACCGGCGCCCGGCCGUAUUCCUGCACUGACUGCGGGAAGAGUUUCAGCCAGUCAGGAGCUCUGAAGAUCCACAAGAGGAUUCACACAGGUGAAAGACCGUAUUCCUGCGACUUUUGCGGCAGGGGGUUUCCCCAUCUUGCAGGGGUGCGGGCUCACCUGCGGACUCACACAGGGGAGAAGCCCUACAGCUGUGCCCUGUGUGGGAAGUGCUUUACUCAGUCAGGAGCUCUUAAGAUCCACACCCGCAUCCACACAGGAGAGAGGCCCUUCGUCUGCAGCCUCUGUGGGAGGGGCUUUUCCAAUCGCUCCGGGAUCCGCUUCCACUAUCGCACAGUUCACUGCCUGACAGCUGAACAUGACGGGGAGGCGAGACCCAAAGCAACGGGAUGCUCUCCGGGGCGCCCAAGAACUCUGCCUUCGACCAGCGGUGGACCUGUGACGGACAGGGCUUCAGCUUCAGCUUCAGAUCCUCUCAGUUCCACAGAACUGAUUCCUACUAACCAUGGGAGGAUCACAACCAGUGGAAAUGAGAGCAGGUCACCAGCAGAAGGAGCAGGCAGCAGCAGAGAGGAGUUGCCCUAUGCCUGCGAGGAUUGCGGUCUGCGUUUUAAAGACGCCCCGACUAGGAAUCGACAUCAGACCCUGGUGCAUUACUCGCACGACAGCCGGGUGGAGGAGGAGAAUCUGGGACAAAGGAGUGAAAAUGUUCAGAAUCAAAACGAGUGAAAGCUCAUUAAUGUUGGUGUCUGUGCCUUGCAAAAGUAUUGACGUUCUUGGAAGUUUUUCCCAAUUUUGCCAAAUUACAACCCCAAUGCAGUGGUUUUUUGGGGGGGAUUUUGUUUUCAAAGGCCAACCCAAACUGUUGCAUGAAAAGAAAGUGAAGGUAAAUGGAUAUAUCUGUCCAUCCAUCCAUUUUCUUACACGCUUAUCCCAUUGGGGUUGGAGUACAUUGCGUUAUGUGAAUCAAAGCUAAUCAUGCUACCGCUAACAAGCUGCUACUUGCAGCUCAUUAUUAUAAGGUAUAUAGUCAUAGCAUAAGAUAUAUCUAACUAGUUGGUUAGCUAGCUUUUUUCUGUCCGUUAUGGGUAAAGGCACAUUCAUAGGCAGUUCAUCAAGCACCAGAUUUACCGAUUAAUAAUCGUAUUUCAAAAGAAGUUACUGCUGCAGAAGGAAAUAUUGUUGAGAAGGAGAGCCGGGACUACAGAUGCCGACUGAUGUAAAAAAAAAGAUGAAAAGGAAUUUAUUGAGUUAAAAAUGCUAAACCACGCACGUUCCUUCCACUUCACAAUAAUGUGCUAUUUAGUGUUGGUCGCUCACAUGAACCCCCAAUAAGCCCGUUAAAGGCUUUACCGAGUUCUGCUCUUGACAAGGUAUCAAAAGGUGUGGACACUUUUGCACGGCUCUGCACCGACGAGGCACAGCAGCGAAAUCUGUCGACCGUUUUGUGGUUUGUUUCAUUCAUUGCUAUGUGCAUGUACGUAAUUUACCUGUUUUAUUUUAUCACAUAGAUCAUUUACACAAUGAGGCAGAUUUGGCUGAGCACCAAUUAGUUUUGUUGUGUGGUUCCAUUUCAGGUUUAGGACCAUCUCUUCCAGUUUAAAAAACAAAAACAAAACAAAACAAAAAAACAGCGUAUUGUUCUUAACAU